AUGGCUGACCUCGAGAAGUUGGACGCGAUACCACUGAGUUCCUUUUUCAGCUUGAGGGCCAACACCGAUUUUUGUAGGUACAAGUACGCUCUCAUGGUGUAUGGAAAUGAAAAGCUGACAAAAAUACUGUUAUCCAAAACUAUGGACAUAAAACGAGAGGAAGUCUUCAUCAGAGCUAAUAAGAAGUUGCGCCGCGAGAUGGUUACAAAUGCACCAUUUGAUGUAGACGUCGGUACACCACAUGAGCGCACCGACUGUACGGCCUUAGUCGGUGAUGUGAUAUACCCAGGCGACGUAGACUUGAGAAAUGCAUGGUAUCGUAUUAAAAAGGUCUACGGUACUAUUACUGUGAACGAAAUAUGGGAGUACGAUUUGGGCUUCCUGAAAAACGUCACUGUUGACGGAUGGCAACCUCGUGUGGUUAGAAUAAUAAACAAUCACAAUUUGAGAUAUAUAUCUGAGGUCCUAAAGAUGAAAGUGAGCGGGCCCGAGCCACUUUUCUUGGUUCCACAACAACACAAGUUUUUGUCAUACGGUAGACGUGAUAAAGAAAAUCGAGCGAAAGGUGGAAACGAAGCUCUCGUGGGACAAGAACUGCUGUAA